AUGAUCGAGUCGCGUCUUCGCGCGUUCAAACGCGCCGUCGAGAGGCGGUACCCGGGACUCGACUGCGGCGGCGCGACGUACGCGGCGUCGCAGGACGACGUCACCGUCGUCGGCCGCGUCGUGUGCGACUCCGAGGGGAAGCUCAACGAGGCGUCGGUGAUGCUCGAGGGAAGCGUCGAGACGAGCAACGGCGCGAGGGUUCGAUUGGAGCUCAGGCGCCUGCCGCGGUUCUCGCUGUUCCCCGGGCAGAUCGUCUGCGUGCAGGGGUCGAACCCGAGCGGGCAUUGCCUCGUCGCGCGCCGCCUCAUCGCGUCCGUCGCGCCGAGCGGGGUCAAGUCCACCGCGUCGUCCCCCGCGUUCGGGUCGCUGUCCGUCGCGAUCGCGUCCGGCCCGUACACGUGCGCGGGCGACCUGUCGUACGAGCCGCUGAAUGAAUUUUUGGCGUACUGCGCGGAGACGCGUCCGGACGCCGUCGUGCUCAUGGGCCCGUUCGUGGACGCGGAGCACAAGUCCGUGAGAGGCGACGACGCGCCGCUGGACGUGUCGUUCGAGGACGUCUUCGCGCUGCGCGUCCGCGACGCGCUCGAGAGGUUCGCGGCGGACGCGGACGACGCCGGCUACGCGCCGUCCGUCGUCGUGAUGCCGUCGACGCGAGACGUGACGCACGACGCGGUGUUUCCGCAGCCGCCGCUGCUGUCCGAGCGCGAGCUCGAGCUCCCGCGGUCGUGCGCCAUCGCGUGCGCGCCGAACCCCGGGGUGUUCUCCAUCAACGGCGUGACGUUCGCGGCGUGCACGCAGGACGUGUUGCGGCAUCUCAGCGCGGCGGAGGCGGCGAGGGAGCCGGCGAGCGGCGGCGCGGGCGGCGGCGCGGGCGGCGCCGCCCCGGACCGCAUGUCUCGACUCGCCGCGCACCUCCCCGGGCAGAGCAGCGCGUACCCGCUGUUCCCGGCGCCGGCCGGCGCGUGCCUGGACGCGUCGCUCGCGGCGCACCUGGAGAUGGACGUCACCCCCGACGUGCUGCUCGUGCCGUCGGACCUGAACCCGUUCGCGAAGAUCGUCGCGCAGCCGGCUGGGGGCGACGACGAGGACGCGCCCGCGUUCGUCGCGCUGAACCCGGGGAGGCUGGCGAAGGGGAACAUCGGAGGGACGAUCGCGCACGUGUACGUGACGGAGGGCGCGCCCGAGCCGGGCGCGAGAGGCGAGCAGGCGCACGCGAUCGAGAGGCGCGCGCGCGUGGACAUCGUGCGCAUCUGA